CAAAUGUACAUUGUACACCAACUGGCAUUGGCACCUGAGGCUGUGGUGGUGGUGGUGGGUGCGUAUGUUCUCUUCUCAUAAGCCCGUACCCAUCAUGGUGGGUGCGUAUCAAAUUACCGUACUGCCAUUGCAUCCUAGCUAGGUAGGUCCUGAUCAGUGAUCGCGGCUGUGGGGUGGCGGUCCUGGCGUUGCAGAGCAGCUCCUGCUCCCAGUCGUACCUCUACGUGGGCUCUGUUUGCGGGGGCAGCAAUGCCGCGCAAUCCACAGAAGAAAGGCAAGAAGAAGCGGGCCGCGCCUGGCGACGGCGGCGCCAGCAGCAGCGGGGCAGCAGCAGCGGGAGAUGUUGACAUGGAGGGAGGGGCAGCUCCCUCGGGGGCGGCCCCGGCGGAGCGCCCCAAGGUGUGGCGCGCGGGGGUGGACGACAUGGCGGGCGAUGAGGAGCUCCAGUUCGACCCCACUGCGUACGACUGCCUGCACGCGCUCGCCCUCGAGUGGCCCUGCCUCAGCUUUGACGUGGUGCGCGACUCGCUGGGGGAGCAGCGGAGUGCCUUCCCCCACACCCUCUACGGAGUGGCGGGCACUCAGGCGGGCAGCGCAGGCGGCAACAGCCUGGCGGUGAUGAAGCUGGGCAACCUGACGCGCAUGCGGCGGCCGCGGGGCGGGGACGAUGAGGACGACGAGGACGAGGGGAGCAGCAGCGACGAGGAGGAGGCGGGGGGGGCAGCGGCGCCUGUGCUGCAGGUGCGCAUGGUGGCCCACCACGGCGGCGUCAACCGCGUGCGCGCCAUGCCGCAGCAGCCGCACAUCGCCGCCACCUGGGGCGAGACCGGCCACGUGCAGGUGUGGGACGUGUCCCCGCAGCUGCGCGAGCUGGCUGCCCUGCCCGCCACCGCCGCCACUGCGGCCAGCCCCGUGGUGCGCCAGGCCCCGCUUCACGUCUUCAGCGGCCACGCCACCGAGGGCUUUGCAAUGGACUGGAGCCCCGUCACGCCCGCACGGCUCGCCACAGGUGACUGCGCUGGCCAGAUCCACGUGUGGGAGCCGCGCGAGGGCGGAGGCUGGGCUGUGGGCGGUGCGCCUUUCCGCGGCCACUCGAGCAGCGUGGAGGACCUGCAGUGGUCGCCGGGCGAGGCCGGCGUGUUUGCCAGCGCCAGCUGCGACAAGCGCAUUGCCGUGUGGGACACCCGCCAGCCAGACCGCCCCGCGCUGAGCGUGCCGGCGCAUGCCGCCGACGUCAACGUGCUGUCGUGGAACCGCCUGGCGUCGUGCAUGCUCGCCUCAGGCGCCGACGACGGCACGUUCCGCAUCUGGGACCUGCGCGCCUUCCAGGAGGACGCAUUCGUGGCGCACUUUAAGUACCACGGCGCGCCCAUCACGUCCCUCGAGUGGAGCGCCCACGACAGCUCCGCCCUCGCCGUCGCCGCCGCCGACAACCAGCUCACGCUGUGGGACCUGUCGCUGGAGGCGGACGCGGAGGAGGAGCGGCACUGGGCGGCCGCGCAGGCGCAGCCGCAGGCGGAGGCGCCGCCCGACCUGCCCGCGCAGCUGCUCUUCGUGCACCAGGGGCAGCACGACCUGAAGGAGCUGCACUGGCACCCGCAAGUCCCGGGGCUCCUCGUCAGCACCGCCGCCGACGGCUUCAACGUCUUCAAGGCCAGCAACCUGUGACUUCACCGCGCGGGGCCGCAGCGGCGGGACGAGCAGAGGGGGGGAACAGGCAGCGGAGCAGGCGUGGCGUGCGUGCACCCAGGGUGGGUAAUGUGCGCCAGGCCGGGUGGGGCAGAGGGCUCACGGGAAGAUGCGAGGCAGGGGCGCACAGCGGCAGCAGCCGAACUUGUGGCUGGGGAGAAGAUCGACGGCGGAUGGCCGAGUGCAUGGCAACACCUGAUUGACUCGGGGAGCCAUAAGGACAAGGUGCGAUCCUUGGUGUGUAGAUGAUGAGUAGAGCUCUCACCACAUUCUCGAAGCUGGGAACUAGUACAGUAGCUGCUGGCGCUUCUGUCUAUCAUUGUCCAUAGCGGCCUUGGGCAAACGGACAGCCUCGAGCAGCAGCAACACUGGGGCACCUCCCGGUAGUUAGCACAGAAAGCCGCACAAAAUGCACGCUCACCCCUGAUUGCAUUACGAGCGAUGUUUCAUGCCAGCUAACGAAGUCAGGAGUCAGCCAUUCCGACGUCAUGUUUGGCGUCCAAAAGGAGUUGCUGACGUUAGAACACAAAGGAUGAAUAACUUGCAUUACAUUACAUGCAUCCAAGUUAAUGUAUGAAUUGAUGUGAGGUGCUUUAAGCGGG